AUGUCGGACGACGAGGAAUAUUACGAGUUCGAAGAUGACUAUCUCUGGGAUGACGUGGUCCCGGACCUAGUUGACGAACUCGCCGCAAGCUCAUACUACGACGCCUCGUACUACGACGAUCCCGCGCAGGACGUGCAAGAAUUUUUCAGCGAUUGGGAAUACUACUCAGACGACUACUACGACGAGGAUACCUCGGCAGCGACGAAAACAGAGCAGAAACCCACCACGAAACGCAAGCGCAAGACCUCCUCCCCUUCCGUGCACCGCGGCCCACCACCGGUCCAGUCCAUCACAAAACCAGACCUCACUUCGUUCCAAGGCGUGGUUUGGAAGACGCCCAGCUUGGAAAGGGACCGGGAUGUCACCGUGCAGAUCUACGAGCCGGGCUACGGGGACAAGGUUGCCCUGCUGGAGAACUGGCGCGAGGUGUUCAAGUCCGCGCAGCCGGGUCUGGAUAAAUCGCGCCUGCGCAAGAAGCGGACGAGGGAGGAGUCGCGUCGGCCUAGUCUCGCCCCUGCUGUUGCUGCUGUUGAGCCCAUGGAUACGGACGCGGUGGAUACUACGGCCCCAGCAGCAGGCAGCGAGGCGCCGCAUCAGCUAGACAGCUCAGACCAGAUGUCGGAUGUGCCGUCAUUGGAAAACCUACGCUCGAGGGACGGGGACGCAGGCGACGCGUCCAAUACCACGCCGGAGCAGGUGCUGUCCCCCGAUGACGCACCCGAGCCUGCUGCCUUGGCUCCUGCCAAGAGGGGUCGGAAGCGUAAAGCGGAGACCUCGGUGCCGGAGGAUGCGAGUAAGGAUGGGCCUGCUGGGGACUCGGUGAAGCCGCGGGGAAAACGAGUUGCGUCGAGGAAGCUUAGUGGCUCUGGGCAGGAUGGUGCGUCGCAGGCGGCGGGUUCGGUGCGCCGGUCGACGAGGCAGAAGAAGUAA